UUGGCAUGAAUCGUUUUGUUAUUUUGUGAAAUUUUGUCGUCGUACCAUCAUGUCUUCAACGACCGCCAAGAGAGUUCGUGUCUGCAACGACAGCUGCGUUACUUUCACCGAAACCAAGGAGUUCAACUUCACAUGGACUAUCCAGAAUUUCCCCACGUGGAUGGCGAAAUCUGAUAACGAAAGAUACUCACCUCGUUUUCCGACCACCGAAGAGGAAGAUUUGCAGUGGGUUUUAUCGUUCAAGUGCGAAAGCUCAUCAGAUGCAUCGUAUUGUUCACUUUAUCUGAAGUUGAAAUUGAAACUUUUGCCUGAAAAUAAUAUCGAUGCCAUGUAUGAGUUCGUGAUGAUGGACUCUGGGAAGACGAUUUUUAUGAAGAGGAGCGGUGUCGAUAAUUUUGGUAUGGGAACAAGUUGGGGUUAUUCAAACUUCAUUAAGAGAGAUGAGUUGGAGAAUCAAAUCGGGCUCGGCAACACGCUCAUCAUAGCCUGCAAAGUCAACGUUAAUGCUGGCAUGGUCGACGAAAUGAUUGAGUCGAGCAUCGUUGAGCCUGAAGCGUCCCCCAGCAGCCUGAUCGAGGAUCUUGGCUCGCUGCUGGAAAGCAAAAAAUACGGCGACGUUUCGAUCAAAGUCGGAAACCGGAAGAUUCUCGCGCACAAAAACAUCCUCGCUGCCCGGAGCUCCGUGUUUGCCGCCAUGUUCGAGCACAAGAUGGAGGAGAAGAUCACAAACGUGGUGAGCAUCGCCGACAUCAAGCUCGUUGUGCUCGAAGAAAUGCUGCGUUACAUUUACACCGACAAGGUCAACAACUUGGACACGCUGUCCUACCAGCUGUACACCGCCGCCGACAAGUACGACAUACCGGCGCUGAGAUCGCUCUGUCGAAUUGCGAUCCUGGGCAAUCUGUCGACCGAAAACGUGGCGGAAACGAUCAUCUGUGCCGACCUGCACAGCGACGGUGAGAUGAAAUCGCGAGCGAUGCAGUUUCUCAGCAGGAACAUCAGCGUCGCUCUCGGAGUGACGAAAUCGAAGGGCUGGAAGCAGAUGGAAGCGACUCAUCCGCAUUUGGUCACCGAGGCGUUCGAGGCGUUGGCUAGUAACAUGUAGUGAUGUAAACCUAGGAAAGGAUGAACUGAUGUUAAUCUAUCCGAACUGGACAAAUUCUUUCGAUAUUAUAUGGCUUGA